AUGAUAAUGGGCGGAAUGCGGUUGGAGGGAAGAGGAGGAGCUGCUGAACUCGUCGCUGCCUGGCUGGAUGCUGCUCGAUUUCACAGAUGUAGAACCUACAGACCUUGCGCUCCACCGGCACUACGUCGCCGUCUUAUUCGUCAUGACAACCCUCCUUCGCCACGCCGCCCCAUCUUCUCCCCUCCUCCCCGCCCCGUUCCCCCUCUCCUCCCCCCUUCCCCCCUUUUCCCGUCCCCACCCCCUCUUCCCCCCGGUUUGUCCUCCCCCCUUCCCCCUUGCCGCGCCGUGCGGUGCGUGCAGUUCCACCAGUACCAUGUGGUGGGGCGCAUGAACCCGAGCCCCAACGACCCCACGCCCAAGAUCUACCGCAUGAAGCUGUGGGCCAUCGACCAAGUGCGCGCCAAGAGCAAGUUCUGGUAUUUCUUGAGUCAGCUGCGUAGAGUGAAGAAGGCUCACGGUCAAGUCCUAGCUAUCAACGAGAUCUUUGAGAAGAAUCCGACGGUGGUGAAGAACUACGGCAUGUGGGUGCGGUACCAGAGCCGCACGGGGUACCACAACAUGUACAAGGAGUACCGCGACACCACGCUUAAUGGCGCCGUGCAGCAGAUGUACGACGAGAUGGCCUCGCGCCACCGCGUGCGCUUCCACGGCAUCCAGAUCAUCAAGACAGCGGAGGUGCCGGACGACAAGGUGAAGCGAGUGAACACGCUGCAGUUCAUCGGAGACAAGGUCCGCUUCCCCCUGCCCAACCGCUCCGUGCGCGCCUCCUCGCGCUCCCUCAAGACCACCUUCAAGGCCUCCCGCCCCAACACCUUCGUGUAG